AGUCGAGGCAGUACAAGUUCUCCAUCACCUGCUUUCCUUUUCUUUUGCCGUUCCACAUCGAUUCGUCUCCUCUCUCUCUCUCUCCCCUCCGCUCUUAUCCCCGCUGCGCCUCCUGACUUUCCUCUUCGUCGUCUCCUACUCUUCUCCCACCCGCAACCGCCGCAGAGAGAGAGAGAAAGGGGAAGAAGCUUUCCCCAGCGCAGCAGCAGCCGCCGCCGCCGCCGCCGCCGCCGCAGCGGAUCGGGACCUCUGCUCUGCGGAAUCCAUCCAUGGCGGAGGAAUCAGGCCGCCCCUUGCCAAAGUUUGGUGAAUGGGAUGUCAAUGAUCCAGCUUCUGCAGACGGAUUUACUGUCAUAUUCAACAAAGCAAGAGAUGAGAAGAAGGGUGGGAAUGGACAAGACACUGAUUCACCUUCCAAGGACACCAGGACUGAGAGGGUGGAAUCUUAUGCUGCAAAACCAAGCACGAAGAAAUGGUUUUGUUGUGUGACAGCCAGCCCUACGCAAUCCUGAGGAAGACAAGUGCAUGCGCUUUGGAAAUACUGUCCCUUUAAUUUUCUAUACAUACUAUCCAUAAGACAAUGUAGAGGUACCCAUGCCUCUCGGGCUCCAGGAUGGGUAUCUCGUAAACUCUGGCGUGCGUGUAUGUAUGGUGUGAGAGUUGUCGGCAUACAUUUGAAAAGUGGACUUUCUGGUUGUAAUUCUAGUCCUGUCUCUUUUUUCA